AUGCCUCGCGGACCUAAGAAGCACCAAAAGCGCCUCAGUGCGCCCUCGCACUGGCUCCUGGACAAAAUGUCCGGAACCUAUGCUCCCAAGGCCUCCCCCGGUCCUCACAAGCUCCGGGACUGCCUGCCCCUGAUCGUCUUCAUUCGCAACCGUCUCAAGUAUGCCCUUAACGGCCGUGAGACCAAGGCGAUCAUGAUGCAGCGCCUCAUCCAGGUCGAUGGCAAGGUCCGCACCGACCCUACCUACCCUGCCGGUUUCAUGGACGUCAUCGGCAUCGAGAAGACCGGCGAGAACUUCCGUCUCAUCUACGACACCAAGGGUCGCUUCACCGUCCACCGCAUCCAGGCUGAGGAGGCCGAGUACAAGCUCUGCAAGGUCAAGAAGGUGCAGCUCGGCAAGGGCGGGAUCCCAUUCUUGGUUACGCACGAUGCGCGAACCAUCCGCUACCCCGACCCUGCCAUCAAGGUCAACGACACCGUCAAGGUUGACAUUGCCACUGGCAAGAUCUCCGACUUUGUCCGCUUCGACACUGGCGUUGUCUGCAUGGUCACUGGUGGCCGCAACAUGGGUCGUGUUGGUGUCGUUACUCACCGUGAGCGUCACGAUGGUGGCUUCAACAUUGUCCACAUCAAGGACGCCAUUGACAACACCUUCGCUACCCGUGAGGGCAACGUCUUCGUCAUUGGUCACGACAAGCCCUGGAUCUCUCUCCCCAAGGGCAAGGGUGUCAAGCUCUCCAUCGCUGAGGAGCGUGACCGCCGUCGUGCUUAUGCUAUUGCCCAGUAG